GAGAGGUCGGGACCCACGGAAGAGGAAGAUGGAGGUACGUGACGUGGUGCCUCUCCUCCAAGAUGUUACAAACCUAAUGAAAUAGCCGGAUUGGCGAUGUUCAACUGGAUGCAGAAUUUGAGGAAUACCGAGGCACUUUGGAGAAACGAGAUACGAGAGAGGACGCAGGGAGGACAAGGAAGUGUCUCAGAAGUUUAAGAUUUAUCAACAGACUAAUUUCUUCACUGCCAGAAUGGCAUCACUUACUACCUCCGCCCAGUGUUCGGCAUCUGACAGUGCUUGCAGGAGCCCUCCGAGGCAAGUCAAGCAGGUACGACCAAAACUGCCACUUUUGAAGAUUUUACAGACAGCAGGUGCACAAGGUGAAAUCUUCACUGUUACCCAGGUCAUGCACUAUCUCGGCCAGUAUAUAACAAUGAAGCAGCUGUACGAUCCACAGGAGCAGCAUAUGGUAUAUUGUGGUGGAGAUCUUUUGGGACAACUCCUAGGAUGUCAGAGCUUCUCUGUGAAAGAUCCAAGCCCUCUCUAUGCUAUGCUAAGAAGGAAUCUUGUUGCGUUAACCACUGCUACUGCAGAUGCUGCUCAGACUCUCGCUAUCGCACAGGAUCAAAAUCUGGAUAUUCCAAGUCAAGACCAACUGAAGCAAAGUGCAGAGGAAAGUUCCAGUUCCAGGAAAGGCCCUGAAGAAGGCAGUAUUCCCGCACUGCCUACCUUACAGUGCAAACAACUUUCUAGAGAAAAUGAAGACUUGAUAGAAAAUUUAACUCAAGAUGAGACAUCUAGGCUGGACCUCGGGCUUGAGGAGUGGGAUGUAGCCGGCCUGCCUUGGUGGUUUUUAGGAAAUUUGAGAAACAAUUAUACACCUAGAAGUAAUGCCUCAACUGAUUUACAGACAAAUCGGGAUGUAGGAACUGCCAUUGUUUCAGAUACGACUGAUGACCUGUGGUUUUUGAAUGAGUCAGUAUCAGAGCAGUUUGGUGUUGGAGUAAGAGUUGAAGCUGCUGGUACUGAACAAACAAGUGAAGAAGUAGGGAAAGUGAGAGACAAAAUGGUGAUUGAAGCAGGAAACAGUGAUGACCUUGAGGAUGCUCAGUCCAUAUGUGAUGAUACUGAUGUAGAGGUUGCCUCUGAGGAUGAAUGGCAGUGUACUGAGUGCAAGAAAUUUAACUCUCCAAGCAAGAGGUACUGUUUUCGGUGCUGGGCCUUGAGGAAGGAUUGGUAUUCAGAUUGUUGUAAGUUAACCCACUCUCUCUCCACAUCUGACAUCACUGCCAUACCUGAAGAGAAGGAGAGUGAAGGAAUUGAUGUCCCUGAUUGUCGGAGAACCAUAUCGGCCCCAGUCGUUAUACCAAAAGAUGGAUGUAGAAAAGAAGAAAACCCCAGACGCUUUGACUCCUGCACCUCGGUGGAAUUUUUGGAUUUGGCUCAUAGAUCUGAAAGCCAAGAGACCAUAUCAAGCAUGGGAGACCAAUCGGCUGAUCUUUUUAAACAGAGAACGGCUGUAGGAAACAUGGAGGAUUGCCGUAAUCUUUUGAAGCCAUGUAGUCUGUGUGAGAAAAGACCACGAGAUGGGAACAUCAUUCAUGGGAAGACGAGCCACCUUGUCACUUGUUUUCACUGUGCCAGAAGAUUAAAGAAGGCUGGGGCUUCAUGUCCUAUUUGCAAGAAAGAGAUUCAGUUGGUUAUUAGGGUUUUUAUAGCAUAGCUGAAUCAAUGAAUUACAAAAAUAUUAACAGAGCCAGAGCAUGUAGCAAAACAUCAGUAUUGAGGAUUUCCACGUGUGUGAUCCAUCAUGCCCAUUUAUUUAUUCCUGUUUUUCAGGACAUUUUGCUUCCAAACAUGGAAAUUGAGAAUGAAUUCUUCAGAACUAGAUCAUUAAUUUGGGGGCUCAAUUAACAGUGGGGUCUUUCCAGAUAUAGGAAGUAGAACAAGAGUCUUUUAUUUAGCAUCAUAUUUAAUUUCUAGAGGAUAAGCGUUGUUAAAAUCCAAGAACUUUAAAAGUAGGACGCACCCAUAUACUCAGCCCCUUUUAUUUUGCACAUGAGGCUAAAGGUUGAGUGGCUGCAGAAAGUCAGAGCUAAUACUAGAAUCCAGAUCUAUAUUUUUAAAUUAUUUUAAGUAAAUCUUUAAGCCAUACUUGCUUUCUUUUCAUUAGUUGUUAAAUAUUUAAAUGGUGGUGCUUAUUGAAUUUGAAACAACCCAUAGCCUUAAAAUACUGGAGAAUAUGACUUGGUAGCCAAAGUUGGCCUUUAGAUAGAACAGUAGUUUCUAACAGGUUUUCCCAAAAGAGAGAAGGUCCCCUAAAUGUCAGGCUUUUUUAUAUAAUCAGGUAAGUGAUUCCUCUUACUGGGAGGGGAAGUAAAGGUGGCAAAGGGCCCUGAAGCAUAUUCUCCAAUAUGGUCCCUUCUCGGGAGUACUGCUCACAGAUCUGCCUCUAGGGACAGGGACAAGGGCUUCCCCUGGUAAAUGGGACUAGUCCUUUGAGUUGAAUAUUUUGUUAGGCUAUAGUAAAUGUUUUAAAACUUAAGAAACUUACAUUACUUCCUUCCCUGUUACUCCCCCAGUACUCGUUUCUUUGUGUUAGUUUGACAGCCCUCAAUUUUAUUUUUUCUGGUCAAGUGUUUUUGCAAGUGACACCUUAUGAGAGGCAGGGAGAAUUGGGGAUCUGCACUAGGAUCUGUGAUUGCCCCUUAUAUGAAGUUGCAGUUUUUUAGAAAACUUUAAAAAAUCUUAAAAUUUUAUUCAUAUUUGUAGAUAGUUGAUUUGGGUGCAUCCUUGUACAGAAUCCUCUUACGGUACUCAGCUUUCCUUCUUUUCUGCUUUGUUCAUCUGGGUUUUUCAUCCUUCCCAUUAGGACAAAGUACUUUGCUUAGAAGGUCCUUGAUCUGAGUGAGCUGAAAGGAUAAUAAACCUACAUGAGUUUGCUGUACCUCCGUGGAGCCUUUUGAAUGACUGACACUGUUAUAGAGAAAUGUAUCUGCAGAAAGAGGUAGUCAGUAUUUCUUGGUAUUUUAUAUAAAUCCAAGAUGCUGCUUCUGCAAAAUGUUUUCCUUCAUCCAGAAUCCUUAUUUAAUGUCUUCUGGGAGUAUAGCUCAGGAAGUAGAACUCAUAAUUUCUUGGAGGUAGAAUGAAAUGGGUCAGGGAUCCUUAAAAGAGCCAAAUACUGCUAUUAGAGUAGUUUUUUACAUACUGAUCUGUUCGAGAUUGUGUUCGUUUUUCAGUGCCUCUUCGUUACAGAUUUAUUUUAUACUCACUGCCACUAAAGCAAGAUAUUUGUAUGUGAAGUCUUCAUAGUUCGCUACUGUAAGAUAAACUCUUGACUUUCAGACACUACCAUUUAUCUUCAGUUGUGUUUAGGGUAACCGUAUGCUCUGGUUUGCUGGAAGCAGUGGUGGUUCAUCCCUGUUUUUCAGCAUCAUAUCUGGUUUGUCUUGUCUCUCCCCUUUACUCACAUGAUUUCACUGAGAUGUUAAAUUCUGUUGUCUCCCUAGUAAACUACCCUGAGUUGAGAUCCUGACUGAGAGGAAAGAGUCUGUUAAAGUAGGUGUCAGUGGAGUUUAUCUUUUCUGCUGUAUUGUGCCACAGAAUUGUGAUUGUUCAAAUCAUCCCACAUGAGCAUCAGGUUUCUUAUUUUGUUUAAAUGAGUAUUUGUGAUCAUAUUAUCCUAGACGAAAAUUCAGAGCAUCAGUGAUGAAUCCUUAUAAAAACAGAUUUAUAGAUUAUAGCUGAAACUGUCUCCUGUCUUUUUUUUUUUUUUUAAUAUUUUAUUUAUUUAUUUUUAGAGAGAGGGGAAGGGAAGGAGAAAGAGUGGGAGAGAAACAUCAAUGUGUGGUUCCUCUCUUAGGUCCCCUGCUGGGAACUGGCCUGCAACCCAGGCAUGUGCCCUGACUGGGAAUUGAACCGCGAUACUCUGGUUCGCAGGACCGCGCUCAAUCCACUGAGCUACGCCAGCCAGGGCUGUCUCCUGUCUUUUAAUAACUUAACUGUACUUGUACUCCACUUAAUAUUUGGUAUGUUUUUGUAUUUGAUACUUUAAUCAGACUUUAUACAAAUUUAAGAUCAAGACUUUAAAGUGAUAAAAACCAUUUCUGUAAAGCCAAUGUAUGGAAUAUCUUUAAGUUCUCAAUUCUAGGCUUGAAUAGUGUAUAAGCAUCCAGCCAGGCCAGCUUCCAACCUGCCAUGACCUGAAAUAUAAAAUUGAAUCACUGCCAAGCAUUUGAAAUAAUGCAGUUGUUUUAAUAAAUUAUAUAUAUUUAGAUGUAUAUAUUGCUUUGUAGGACAUUAUUUUUUUGUAAGAAUUUAUUUUUAAAGGUUAGGAUCAUUGGUAGCUUUUAAAAUGCCAGUUCAAUGCAAUGUCACCUCCUUUGAAAAGUCAUUAAUGAGAAAUUGAUGAUUGUUAGAUCUUGGGUUUUGUCAUGCUAUUAUAGUGUUACCUCUUGGUUCUCUUAAGAAAGGAGGAAACUUGUUAACUAGCUGUUUGCUUUUAUUUCCCACAGAGAGCUAUGUAAUCUGAAAGUGUAUGGCUUUAGAUACUGUGAAUCUUGUUUUCUGUUUAGCCAAGUGUCUGCUUAAAUUGUGCAGACCCAUGUCCUAAAGAAGGACUUGUGCUGCUAGUCGUCCCGUUCAUGGAUAUACAUGUGUGCACGCACAGUAUCAAGACUGGUAAUUCUUUCACUAAAAAUGGAUACAGAUUAGAAACUAGCUGUGUUUAGAAUCUACACUUCAAAGAUAAAGGAACCUGCACAUUCUUUCCUGUGCCAAAACCAAAAUGUACACUGUUUACAAAUGCCUGGGAUUUGCACUGAUGCAGGGCAUGCGGAGGUUACUUUGCUGGGAUUUCCCACAUUUGUGAUUAGCAGAGUUGCAGUUUGUCAUCUGAGGGGAAAUACUGAGAACUCUAAACUGGCAAUGAGUACCUGAGGUGGUGGUUCAAGUGGCUCCCCAGAGCCUAAUUUGGGGACAGUUUUUCUAGGUUGCUUUGACGUGUCCUUUCUGUUAACAGUUUUCUUUGUUUGCCAUUGCUGUAUUAUUCCUUCGUAGGAGCCACCAUGUCUUUUUUGUGCUGUGGGAGAAUGUCCCAGUAGCAUUUUAAGAUCUUUUGAUACAAAGAAUGAGCAAUCCCAACUAAUGCUGUUUUCGGUGAGUGUGGUGUUGUUAAAGAAAACAUAAUAAAUCUGUACUUGGGUUUACCUCUAUCGAGAGCUUUCUGAAUGACUGAAAAUGUUACACAGAAAGAAGUGUAUCUGCAGAAUAGGUAGCCAGUAUUUCCUGGUGGCUUAUCAGAAAUGCAAGAUGUUGCUUCUGCAGAUGGUGUUCCUUAUCCAGGAUCCUUAUUGAUUCUGCGAGUGUAGCACAGGAAGUAGUAGAACUGAGCAUUUCUUGGGGGUAGAAUGAAUCAGGGAUAUAAAAAAGAGCAAGUACUGGUAUCAGCAAUUUCUCUGUCAGAGCAGUUGUGGAAUUAGGCAAAUGCUUUAUUGAAAAUUGGCCUUAAUCAUUAUAACAGCAUGAGUUUAUUAGUACACCUACUUUGUUAUUCCAGGGUGUUUUUUAGGCAGUGACUAGUUGAUGUCAGACAUUUCCCCUUCCUCCCUUCUUUACUGUUGCUCUUUUUCUUUUUUCCCUUGGAGUUCAAAGUUACUCUCUUCUCUUUGGUAUUGUUUGUAUACCAGAAGCCUUCCAUAUACCGUGCCUUCAGGUAAGAGUCCUCUUUCCAGUAGGUCCUGGGAAAUGUUUCUGUUGCAGAGUUAGUUGGUGGAUUGUAGCAAUAAGGAAGGGAAGCUGUGACAUCAGAGUGACUGAUGUCACAACAACUUGCAAUUGAAGCUUUUUUAGUGUCUGUCAUGGGGGAACAAAGCAAUUAGUUCCCCUAUGUCUCAGCACUAAGAAAUUGAGGUCAGUCUUCUAUCUUCCUGCAGGAGGAUUAUGUCUUUCUCUUUAUAGUUGGCAUUGGUCCUCCCUUUUAAAAGUAGUAGAGAAUGUUUUCAAAGAGGAAUGAAAUGUUUCUGCCCCCUUGGCACUUGGCAAGAUAUAGGGGUCUUAAGCAGCCUGUGAAUGGGAGUCUCCUUCGUUUAUAGCUGGAUGCUUGUAAGAGCCUCUUAGAGAUAAGGAGUAAGAUGAUUGCACUGCCUUGAGUCCCACUCCUGAUCUUCCUACACCUCAGUGUUUCUCAUUUGUAAAGUGAUACACAUAACUACCCUCUGUACCUCAUGGUUUGUUGUGAGGAUUAAGUAUGUGGGAACAAUGAAACUUGCAAUAGCCUUGAACAAGAUAGUACAAGUUGUUAUGCUUUUGCUAGACUGAGCUCUGGGGUUUUCAUAAAGUGGGAAGAAAAUGGCAAUUUAAAAUAACUCUGAAUAGUUGCAUGCUCACUAAAAUGAUAAGCACCACUAAAUAGUUGUAUGUCUUUUUGGUGUUCGCACUUUGUAAUGCUUUUAAAAUACCUGUUGAUUCUGUUGUGCUUUUUUGUGUAAUAAAUAUUUUUAAUUUUG